AUGAAUUUGCUGGUGUGGACGCAGGCUAUGGAAGAUGGAAUUUCUGGCGAUCACGUCGAUCCUUUGAGUAAUCUCUCACUCAAGGAGAAUGAAGAGCUGUUGGCAAUAAAUGAUAUUGGUGGACUACUGGAACUACUUGACGAACUCACCUCGUUGAAGGCAUUACUCAACAAGUCUGUCCAUGCAUUCGAUGUCGUCGUUAGCCCGAAACGAACGAAGAGCUUCAAUUGGACCGUAAACAUCGAUGACGCAACCCUCGAAGGCCUCAAAAGACAAUGGGGAGAGAUAUUCACCUCGGAACGAUCAAGACCUCUCCAGCUAUUCGUAACAAAUAAGAGCUUCAAUUUUACUGUACCCAUUGAGACGCCAUCAAAACCCUUUUCAGAUUGGUCUUUCCCGAAAGUGUGUGAACUCUAUGGCAUUAGCAAUGUCCCGAAUCCCGACAUUGACGUAUUCCCUGUUUUUACAUGUGGUUCUACUGAUCUGAAUAGCGACAAGUCCAAGACCAUGGUUGAACACCUAAUGGCGGAAAUAAAACUUCGACAAGAUGUUACUCCUCUCAACAAGGAAAACGAGGAAACAAAGGUCGAAAUGGGCAUAAUCGAAGUUACGAAGGAAGAUUUUAUGAAGGGAUUUGCCUAG